UCUGAUUCCAAAGCCCUAAGUUCCUUAAAGCCCAGAGUUCGAAAGCUCUGAAACAGACACCAUUGGGUUCCAAAGCUCUCCCACGCAGAUCUCAACACUACUUCCAUGGGUUCGAAGAAGAACCACAACCCCCUCCACGGUGACGGUGCCAGCCCUGGUAAAAUCUUCAUUGGAGGCUUAGCAAAGGACACCAGCUACGAAACCUUUGUGAGCUACUUUGAGAAGUAUGGGAAGAUAAUAGACUCUGUGAUCAUGAAAGAUCGGCACACGCAUCGACCUAGAGGAUUCGGGUUCAUUACCUAUGAGGAUCCUUCUGCUGUCGACCAGGUUAUCCAAGAGACCCAUAUCAUCAAUGGCAAGCAGGUUGAGAUAAAAAGAACCAUUCCUAAAGGUUCCACACAAGCUAGUGAUUUCAAAACAAAGAAAAUUUUUGUUGGCGGGAUUCCAACUACGGUCACUGAAGAUGAGUUCAAGAAUUUCUUCUCAAAGUAUGGAAAGGUGGCGGAACAUGAGAUUAUACGUGAUCAUGUGACUAAACGCUCACGAGGCUUUGGAUUUAUUGUAUUUGACAGUGAAAAAGCUGUUGAUAAUAUGCUGGCAAAUGGCAAUAUGAUUGAUAUGGAAGGUAUACAGGUUGAGGUCAAGAAGGCUGAACCAAAGAAAGCCUCAAACCCAGCACCUGUUCCUGCAUUUGGUAGUGAAUCUAGGGCACGCUCAUACAAUGACGAUUUUGGUGGAUUUGGCGACUCUUAUAGUGGUUUUGGCGAUGGUGGUUUUGGCCCCAGUUCUUAUAGGUCACUUGGCGGUUUUGGUGGUAGAUUUGGUGAUUAUGGUGGAUAUGGAGGUGGCAAUGAUUUUGGUGGUGGUUAUGGGGGUUUUGGUGGUGGUAAUUUUGCUGGUUAUCGAGGAGAGUCAUCAUUUGGCUAUUCCGGUCGCUAUGGUUCCUAUAUGGGAGGCCUUAGUGAGGGAUAUGGUGGGAGUGGGUUAGGUGCAUACGGACGUGGUGGGGGCUAUGGGACUUAUGGUGGUUCAGGCUCCCCUGGUGCUAAUUAUGGAGGACCAGGAGGCUUGUAUGGUAGUAGGGCAGGUUACGGUGGCAGUAGUCGUUACCAUCCCUAUGCACAGUAGAUUUGCUUAUGCUUUUCAAUAGAAGUUUCUUGCAGGUUGCUUUAUCUUCAGUGUAUGCAUUUGCAUUUUGUGAUAUCAUAGACACAAGGCACUUACUGCAAGGCUAUCUAGAAGAUCAGAUGAACCAUUAGUGUAUCUGGGUUCACGCAUUGGCUUAGACAACCAAAGCUAGAUCGGCAUAUCUAGAGCUUUCUGUCAAUAAUCGGAAUGUGAUUGUAGUCAGGCAUCUAUCUUGUGCUUUAUAUCCGGAUUGUCAAUUUGUUGAGUUAGACUUUCAUCUUGUUAUGAGAUAUUAAUUGGUUAGAAUCAAUUUGGAGUUGGAAAUGCAAUAUAGGUAAUUAUACUA